AUGCCGCUGCUGAGGAAGCCUCCCCGGGAGGACGACCCCGAGCCCGGAGACCCGUUCGCGGCCAGCCCCGAGAGCCGGUUCCGACGCCGCGCCACGCUCGAGCUGCUCGUGGGGCUCGGCCCCUUCGGGCGCUCCCGGCGCGGACCCCCCCCGGGACCGGGACCUGGACCGGGGCCGGGGCCGGGGCCCGUCGGCGAUGCCCGAGCCCGGCGCCGCUCCGAGGACCUGGGCCGGCGGCGCCGCAAGGAGGAGCCCAGCGGCACCAAGCGGGGGUCCUGGCUGCGGCUCCCGGUGCCCACCCCGUGGGGCCAGCGAGGGGCCGGCGUGGACGGGGCGGGAGCAGGAGAUGGGGACGGAGCCGGGCAGGGAACGGACGGGAGAGGCAAGGACAAGGAGAAGGAAAAGGAGAAGGAGCCGCUGUCGGUGCUGGAGAUCCUGGAGCUGAUCCAGCGGCGGGAGCUGGUGGCGGCUGAUGAGCAAAUCAUCGCCCUGGAGGCCGAGUGCGCGGCCCCAUCCUCAUCCUCAUCCCCACCCUCAUCCCCAUCCCCAUCCGCACCGCCCCCGGGCCGCCAGGCGCGGGACGUGGCCCUGCUGUACCGGGCGCUGCUGGCGCAGCUCUGGGCCGUGCUGGCCGAGGCCGUGGCCGCCGCUCGCCCUUUGCCGUUGCUGCGCUCCGUUAUCCGGGUCCUGCAGCAGGAGGAAGCCGCGGAUCAGCGCCUGGGACCCGGCGGAGCGGGGCGGCCCCGGCGGCUGCGGCAGCGCUGGCAGGAGGCGGCGGCGAGGGCGGCCGGGGAGCGCCUGGCGCAGGCGGCGCCGCCCGGGGCUGGGACCGGGACCGGGACCGGGACCGCGCUCGGAGCGGAGCUGGCGGCGCUGGCGGAGCGGGUGCUGCGGGACCUGAGCUCCGUGCGCGCUCACGUGGCCCCCGCGUUCCCGGCAGCCUACGAGGCCGCCGCCGUGUACGCGCGCGGGUACCACCGGGCCCUGGCGCAGCGGCUCGGGGCCGCGGCUCAGCGGGCGCUCGGAGUCACGGAGCUCUACGUGCUCCUGGAGUGGAACAGCGGCGCCUACCCCCGGGAGGUGCUGGGGAAUCCUGAGGUGGGGCCUCUGCUACAGGGACUGGGGCCCCCUCUGCCCCCUGAGACCCAGCGCAGCCUCGAGAGCAGCUGCAUCAGCGCCGUCAAGGCGAAGGUGGAGGCAGCGCUGGCCCAGGAGCUGCAGCUCAGCGAGGACUCGUGGGCCGAGGAGGUCACUAGCCAGGAGCUGCAGGAAGGGCUGGCCACGCGCGUCACCGGGCUGCUGCGGGCGCAUGUGGAUCGAGCCCCCCAGAUCACCCCCGAGUUCGGCAGGGAGAUGGCGCAGAGUCUGCUGGGCGUGCUGGUGACCUUCCUGCAUAGCUUCCAGCGGAAGGUGGAGCGGUUCCUGGAGGCACCCAAUGACCCGUGCCCACCCGACGGCACCGCCGGCCGCGCCAUCGCCUUGGUCAACUGCUGCCCCACGUUCAGGAGCUUCGCCGAGCGCCUGGCACAGUUCGGGCACCCUGAGGGUGAGGAGCUGCGGCGCCAGGCCCAGGGCGCCCUGGACAAGGUGACCCGGAGCUGCAACCACGUCCUCACCCAGCGCCUCUUCGAGGACCUCAAGCCCUACUUCAACAAGCUGAUGAAGCGCAAGUGGCUGACGAGCUCGGACGCCUUCGACUCCAUCGUGAUGCUCAUCACCAGCUUCUCUCAGAAGCUUCGCCUGCUCCACCCUGAGCCCUACCAGGUGUUGGUGAGCGACCUGCACCGCCGGGUGCUGCUGGCGUACGUGCGGCCACUGCUGUCGGGGCGCGUGGUCUGCACCUCGGCCAAGGCCCGUGCCCGCGUGGCCGCACGCCUCAGCGACGAGGCCAGGCAGCUCCGUGAGCUCUUCACCCGCCUGGACUCGGCGUCACCGUGGCUGGACUCGGUGGUGCCGCGGCUGCGGGAGCUGCUGGUGCUGGAGGACACGGCCGCACUGCAGAUGGAGGUCGGGGUCCUGGCAAGAGACUUCCCUGAUGUCCGGCGGGAGCACGUGGCGGCGGUGCUGGACGCGCGGGGGCUGCGGAGCCCCUCAGCCCGACACGAGAUCCUGGGGGUGCUGCGGGACCUGGAGCGGGGGGGGGCUGUGGCCCCGGCCCUGAUGGCACCGGCGUCGCCAUCGCGGCACCGCGCGUUCUUCGCCGAGCUGCCGGUGCCCGGCGCCGGGCGCUGUUUGCCCUUCCAGCUCCCGCGCCUCGCGCCCAUGGCCCGGCUGCGCCGACGGCGCCCGCGCCUCUGAGGCAGCUCCGAUGGGUGCGCAUCGACAGCUGCCGGCACCGCCGCAUCCC